AUGUCUGGCAACGAGAAACGCUGGGAAUCCGAAGCACUCUCCUUGAGAAGAACUGCGUUCUUUGGAGUGGCACUCUCUACCACAGCCACGUUGGUGUGCGUAAUAUCAGUACCAAUGCUGUACCACUACGUACAGCACAUGCAAUCCAUCAUGCAGAACGAAGUCGACUUUUGUAAGUCCCGUUCUGGAAGCAUAUGGAAAGAAGUCACUCACACCCAGGUGAGCCAUCCUCUUGUCAUUGUUAAUUUUUCCUACAUGAACAUUUCUGUUAAGGUGCUUGCCAAGAUCUCAGAUGCAUCAAUUAGGAGUCGCCGACAAACUGAUUAUGGCGGCCGUAAAUGCUGCGGAUGCGGUGUUUCUCCGAAGGGACUUCCAGGAGCUCCAGGUGAAGAUGGAAAACCUGGCCUAGAUGGAAGACCAGGUCCGCCUGGUAGAGACGGAGGAAGAACUUAUGGGCCAGAACGAACCUCAUAUUCGUAUCCAUACUUGUGCUUCGACUGUCCCGAAGCCCCAGCUGGACCUCCUGGAAACCCAGGACCACGUGGAAGCAAUGGAAAUCCAGGACCUGACGGACCACCAGGAUCUCGUGGAAAUCCAGGGGCGCCAGGUGGCCCAGGACGACAAGGGCCUUCCGGAAGCGAUGGGAAACCAGGAAAUCCUGGACCACCCGGAGCUCCGGGAGAAUUGAUUAAAAUUUCUGGGCCCCGGGGCCCACCUGGGCCGUCAGGGCCUCAAGGACUACCAGGUGUUAAUGGAAAUCCUGGAGCUCCGGGAAACAACGGUGAGAGUGGUGCUCCAGGUAAGCCAGGAUAUAAUGGAAAUCCUGGUAUUCCUGGAAUGUCUGGAACACCUGGCGAUGACGGGCCAGACGGAGAGCGAGGCCCUCCAGGAGACUGCACACACUGUUCCCCUCCUCGCACUGCUCCGGGGUAUUGA